CGUCUCUGUUCGCACAGAGGGUGCGGGAUAAGCUUGCAGACGUGGAAGCUCUCCCCUCCCUUCCCCUCGUCCAUCAGUCCUUUGUUUGAGCCAAGAUGUACGGGUACGGCUAUCAUCAGGGCAUGAUGCCUGCCUACCAGACCUUCACCCCACCCCCCGCACUCCCCCCGGCGCCUCGCCCUCCCUCUCACAAACGAGCCCUCUGCAUCGGGUCAGAACAAUUGAUUGCAUGGGGCAAAGGCGGGAGGGGAGGGACUUGACUGUGAGUGUAUGUGUGGCCUUGGCCCUCUUCCCUUGCUGUGCUGCAGGUGCAACUACCCUGGUACGGAUGCUGAGUUGCGUGGCUGCAUCACCGACUGCAUGAAGUGGGCCUCCAUACUGCGGUCGCAAUUCGGGAUAUCCGACAUCAAAAUCAUGACCGACGGACAGGUACUGACGCCCAAGGCAGCCACGAGGCCCUUCCCCUGCUGUGUGUAUGCUCUCUCAGACGAAUCCGUACACCGGCAAAUACGUGAUGAAGAACUGGGGUGGGCGAGGAGCAGAGAGAGGGAGAGGGAGCCAAUGGAGUGAAGUGACUUGACCGUCUUUGUCUGUGUGGGCUGCCUGACUGUUCAUGUCAGCUGAUCCCACUGUUCCGAUCAAGAAGAACCUGCUGGCGGCUCUCGAUUGGCUCGUGGAGGGGGCGCGCUCGGGAGACGUACUCGUACUCACUUUCAGUGGUAUGCCAGCCAAAUGAGGAUGCACGUGAAAUGCAUAUUCUCGUUGUCAUAUGAGUGCUGCCUCACUUAGGUCACGGCACGCAGGUGCCCGACUACUCUGGCGAUGAGGAUGACGGAUUCGACGAGGCAAUCUGCCCAACGGACUGUGAGAAGUCGGAGGGACUCUUGUAAGAAGGCACAGACACACGGAAGGACAGAAUACACAGCCGGCUCGGCUGGCUUUCUCUGUGUGUAUGUGUGGGGGUGGGUCAGUGUUCCGUAUCGACUGAUAUCGGAUGACGAGAUCCACAAGAAGCUUGACACGCUCCCCGGGUGAGCAAGUAGUUUGCCCAUGCAGCCACAUGUGAAUGAGCUAUGCGGCCUCUCUCUCGUUUCGUGUCUCUCUUUCUCUCUGUGUCAGUGGCGUGAUGGUCACGAUCGGUAAGCCAUCCGAUUCCCUCUCUGUCUGUCUGUCUGUCUGUCUGUCUGCAUGGUGUGUAUGGUCUGUCUUCGUGUCGAUCAGUCAUGGAUUGCUGCCACAGCGGCACCAUGGUCGACACCAAAUUCUCGUUCGACUCGGGUCACAAGUUCCUCUCCGUCCAGCGCAUGAAGGGCGAGCCCAGGGGGGUGGAGGUCCGCAGACCCCGAGGCAAGAGGGUCCCCAAGCUCAUCGAAGGAGACUGCCCCGACAUGCGCGCGUGGCUCGACCCAACUGCACGCGCACUCCAUGGUCAGCCGGCCGUGGAGACACACAGCACUAGAGAAUACACCCAUUGAUACCGAGCAUAUGCGUCUCUGCCUGCCUGGGUCUGUCUUGCAGCGCUUCCCCGUCGUUCGCCAACGACGCCCGGAUCUGGUUUUCUCGCCACCGUCUGCCGCGCAUUCAACCUCUUCAAGAAGAAAUCGGUCUGAGAAAGAGGAAAGACGGCAGUGUGGGUGGAGGGAUGGAUUGUGGCCAUGUCGUUGUGUGUGCAGACGCCAUUCGCCCCAGGGACCGUGGUUUACUGUAUCUCGGGGUGCCGCGACGAGCAGACGUCGCUCGACGCCAUGCUCGAGGGCCAACAGCAAGGUUCGCACGGUCACAAGCCGUGAAUGAAAUGACCUAUACGUGUGAUGAUGUCCUGUGUCCUGCAUUUCGGCAGGUGCGUUGUCGUAUUGCAUGCAGAGUGCGCUGCGCUCGAUGGGCUAUGCCGGCAAUUACGAUGAGGCGUUCAAGCGGGCUUGCGACAUCGGCAAUCGGAUCCGGUAUCUACACAGGCAUCCACAGAUUCAUGUCGUUCCCCUUUUCUGUGCGUCAUCCAUCCACUUGUAAUGCAGAUCGACCAUGAUGCCGUGCAUGGAUCAGUAUUUCCAGUUCAGCUACAACGAGUCCGCCAACCCAAAACAGCACAUGCUGAUGCAACGUGGGCAUCACACAGACAGCACGAAGGACACUCACUCACACCACCCCUGACUGCCUCCCUCUCUCCCCGUCUCUCUGCAGCGGUAGCGGCUCCCGUGUUGGCUCCCAUCACUGAAGAGGCUCCUGCAGUGCCGCCGCAGGUGGCCCCAGUCAAGCAUGAGAAGCCGGAGGUGGCAGGGCCUCCCAAGCCCAUGGUGACCACCCUGCCGCCGGGCGUCACACCAGACAUGUACCAGAACAUCCACUUCCAGGCCAGGGUAAGCAGAGCGCACCGCACACACACAACAGGGCACGCAACGCACUGCUCGGCACUCAUUGUGUGCAUGCGUAUGUGUCUCCUUGUGGAUAUCACUUGCCCAUGCAGCCCACAAUCUAUCUGCCGACGUACGGUGGCUACGGAGGUCUGCAGAGUUCGAUGAGUCCCUACUACGGCUUUCCCCCGAUCAACAGCACCAUGCAGGUGACACGGCCGCAGCCCAUCACAGCGCAAUAAGCUGGUCGAUAAACGCAGCUGUACAUGCUACAUGGCAUAUGAUAUGGGGAACAGGCAGCGUGGGGUGCGGACUGACAGACAUAAACACAAUAAUUGCAUUAAGAGGACGUAUUGGUACCAAAACGACACCUCGAGCUGUGCAUUUUUCGUUUCGCGAGUAUCCUGCCUUUAAUUGGUCGGUUUGUG